UGAGAUUCCGGUCUGAAAGGAGGUGUGACGGUGACGGGUUGAUUUCGGCUGCCAUCGCUCAGCCGAACAGUCUGGAGAAACAAUUCAAGUGUGUGUUGGAGGUCUACAAAAACAGCCACCGUGCCCCGCCGCGCCCCCACCCCCAGCGGAGCCGUCAUGUGGCAGGAGGCCCGCAAACAUGAGCGCAAGCUGCGCGGCAUGAUGGUGGACUACAAACGCCGUGGCGAGCGCCGGCGAGAGUACUACGAGAAGAUCAAAAAGGACCCGGCUCAGUUCCUUCAGGUUCAUGGCCGGGCCUAUAAGAUCCAUCUGGACUCAGCCGUAGCGCUCGCUGCAGAAAGCCCCGUCAACAUGAUGCCCUGGCAGGGAGAUGCCAACAACAUGAUUGACAGGUUUGACGUGAGGGCACACCUGGACUUCAUACUCACCUACACCCCUCCACUCCUCAACACAGCCACCCCAGAACAGGAGUCGGAGGAGAGGAAGUGCAACUAUGAGCGUUACAGAGGCCUAGUGCAGAACGACUUUGCCAGCAUCUCCGAGGAGCAGUGUUUGUACCAGAUCCAAAUGGACGAGCUCUAUGGUGGCCUGCAGAGGCCAAAUGAGGAUGAGAAGAAAAAGCUUGCUAAGGAGAAGGCCACCAUUGGCUACACGUACGAGGACAGCACUGUUACGGAGCCUGGGGAGGAAGAAGAGAAAGGGGAGGAGGAUGACUCUGAGAACAGUGAAUCAGAGGAGGACGAGGGCAUCCCAGACAUUGAUGUGGAGGUGGACGUUGACGAGCUCAAUACGGAGCAGGAGUUGGAUCUGAACAAGAUGGCCACCCCAUAUGGAAUGGCAGAGGGAGAUUUUGUCAGGAUGCUGAGGAAAGACAAGGAUGAGGUAGAGGCCAUUAAACACGCCAAGGCUCUGGAGGCAGAAAAGGCCAUGUACUCGGGCCGUCGCUCUCGCAGACAGAGGAGGGAGUUCAGAGAGAAGAGACUGAAGGGCAGACAGAUCAGCCCACCCAGCUAUGCCAGGAGAGACAGCCCAACCUACGAUCCCUACAAACGGCCCAAGUCAGAGUCCAGUUCGGAGUCGCGGUCCCGUUCCCCGGGCCCAGAGAAGAUCACCUUCAUCACCAGCUUCGGAGGCAGUGACGAGGAGGCUGCUGUGGCAACCCAAGCUCAACCCCCUGUCCACUCUGGCCACACCCCCGCCAACUCGCUGCACCACCCCGCAGGUCAUAGCAGGGGCUCCCGCAGACGCCGCUCUUCCUCCAGCCCUUCCUCCUCUUCCUCCCGCUCUUCAACUCAUCGCUCCUCCUCUCGUUCUUCCUCUCACUCACGCCGUGACAGACGCCGCGGAGGAGGGAGGGACGGACGAUAUUCCCGCUCCCGGUCGAGGCGGCGCUCCGACUCACGGUCCCGGGGUAGAGGAGCCAACGGAGGAGGAAGAGGGGGGUCACGGAGGAGAUACGACCGGACACAGUCCCGCUCCAAUGACCGAGACGGGGACAGGGAGAGGGAGCGAGAACGGGACAGAGACAGGGAUGUGGGACGUCGUUUCACAGCACGCAGACGCACACGCUCUAACUCUCGGCAGGGGGACCGUGCCAGGCAGGGGGGUGGGGGGCGGACUUCAGGAGGCCAUCAGAGGGGGGUCAGAAGCAGCCCUAGCCCCUCCCAGUCCCCCCAGCCCAGCUGCACCCCCUCCCCCUCACACAGAGGAGGCCCGCCCUCUGCCACUGCUCUCUGUGACAAGCUGAGAAAGCCUGAUACUCCGGGUGGUAGAGAGACGGGAGCUGCCAAACCCAAGAUGACCCCGCAGGAGAUGCUGAAGAUACGCAUGCAGAAGGCCCUCAACAGGCAGUCCAAGGCGGAUAAGAAAGCAGCCCAGGCGAAAGUCACUCAGCAGGAAAAUAAGCGAGCGGAGCGCGAGGGAGAGCUCAGAGCCAUGGCACGCAAGAUCCGCAUGAAGGAGCGUGAGCGUCGGGAGAAAGAGAGGGACGAGUGGGAGAGACAGUACGGACGACAAAGCCACUCGCCCUCCCCAUCUAAAUAUGGUGAGUUCAUGUAUCUGUCCUCUGUCUGUUCAUCAGGUCGUGACCACAGUUCAUCCAGAAGGAGGUCCCGUUCCCGGUCGAGCAGUCCAUAUUACCGAUACUAAACAUACCGAUUGGACCCACCAAACCCCCACAACCCUCCUCACCCCCUCCUCUGCCUACUCUUCCAGUGAAGAGAUGAGAGAGAAAAGGAGAGAAGGGAGGGAUGAUG